AUGGGUCGGAUGAUCAUGAAGACAACUGCUAUGGCGAGUGCAAAACGAUCCAACAUGCGGGUACAAGGAUGGGAGAUGCCGCCGGAGCGCAUCGUUGUCCAACGUGUGAACGGUCGGAACCCUUCAAAACCAGACAGAGGCUUCGGCGGCACUUUUGGCAGCAUGUCAGGUGCGAGGAGGUCUGCCCAUGCUGUUUCAAGGUUUUGGGGCUCGCCAGCGAAUACAUCAGGCAUGCCGAGAAGCAUCCCCAAGCAAGUGGGAGGAAAAGGGACUUCAUCGACCGAACAUGCACUGAAUUACGCGAACGUGCCUACAAGGAACUGGACGAUGCAAGCCGCCGAACAGCAAAAGGAGUAA